AUGCCACUCUGCUUACCUCUCAAAUCCCUCCUCUCCUGCCCUCCCACUUUCUCUGCUCCCCUUUCUUUUAUCGCCAGAAAUGAGGCACCUUUUAUUCAGAGCCGGUACUAUGGGCUGCUGUGGGGGCAGCAGCAGCAGCGGAGGGAGAGGGUCGCGAUGGGAGCACGGCUGCAGCAGCCAAGCACCCUGGAGCACAGCAUUGUGCGGCAGCAGAAAGCAGUAGCAGCUGCAGCUGAUGCGGACGAGCAGCCUGGAGCACGGGGUGCCGUAUGGUGGUGGGCCAUUAUGAUCGUUCCUUCCUACAAGGCCAAGGCUGUUCUGAAGAUGGGCCUCUGGCUACUUCUGCUCUCCUUGCUCUUCUGUGCUGCAUGUGUAGCUAUGCUUAGUGGGUGGGGUGGGUGUGCGUGCAGCCUCGAAGGCGCCUGGGCUCAUGCAGGGCAGAGCGAACUCCUGCAGGUGCUGUGCGUGCCAUGA